CCGUGACCUGCUGGCCCACCUGGAGCCGGCUCCCCAGGUCCUUCUGCAGCACGAGCUCCAGCAGGCGCUCCAUGCUGCUCUUCUUCUGCAGUGGAUCAAGUGAACCGCCCUGCCAGGGAGGCCUGUUGGCUGACCCGGCUGCUGGUGGGGUGAGGGGGGCGGGGCCUCUGUCAGCUGCAGGUGACCCUCAGACUCAAGGUGCGCGUGUCCCACUGAAGAGGCUCAUUCAGCUCUGGGAUGACCACCAAGAUCAUUCACUUCACGGUCAACGGGGCGCAGGAGACGGCCGAGCUGGAACCGGACUGCUCUGCUGCAGACGUGAAAGAUGUGUUCUGGGCGGCGGCGGAGGCGGAGCCUGACCACAUCCUGAAGCUGUACAGCGUGGACGGCGUGGUGCUGAACAUCUCGCCACUGCUGGAGGCCAACAGCCGGGACUCGAGCUACCGGCUGGAGGUGGUGGCCUCCGACCCCAAGAGUGUGGGGAUGCCCAAUGAGCUGGAGGCCAUGGAGCACAGGCUGCAGCAGCUGGAGGGCCGCGUGCUGGGGGAGGCGGGCCAGCCUCGAGGGGCGGUCUGUGACCUGACCAGCCAGGUGGAGUCCUUCAAGAAGAAGCUGGAGAGCGUGAAGCACCUGAGCUGGAUGGGGCUCUUCAAGGAGGAUGGGGACCACCAGCUGGAGGCCUCCAGGAAGACCAGCAGCUCCCCGAUGAGCGCGCAGCAGGAGCACCAGCAGGUCCGCAGGAAGUUCCUCAACAUGAGCUCGCUGCAGGUGACAGAGGAAGUGAGGGAGCAUCUGAAGACGCCCACUUUCGACAACUGGCAGUGGGAGGAGGCGGAGAUGCUGGUGCUCCUCCAGGUGAUCUUCACCGACCUGGACUUCCUGACGGCGUUCCACAUCCGGCUGGACGUGCUGCAGAACUUCCUGUUCCAGGUGUUCUGCCACUACAACAACAUCCCCUUCCACAACUUCAGGCACUGCUUCUGCGUCACGCAGAUGAUGUACGGGCUCAUCUGGCUGACGGACCUGAAGAGUAAAGUCUCCAGGAUGGACCUGUUGGUGAUGUUGACCUCGGCUCUGUGCCACGACCUCGACCACCCGGGCUACAACAACGUCUUCCAGAUCAACGCUCAGACCGACUUGGCUCUUCGCUACAACGACAUUUCCCCGCUGGAGAACCACCACUGUGCCGUGGCCUUCGGCAUCAUGGCCCAGCCGGAGUGCAACAUCCUGAAGAACCUGAGCAGCGACCAGUACAAGCACAUCCGGGGAGGGAUGAUCCGGUGCAUCCUGGCCACCGACAUGGCGAGACACAACGAGAUCCUCCACAAGUUCAAGAGCAUCCAGCCGGUCUUCAACUUCACCAACAGGGAGCACAAGGAAGUGCUGAUGAAGAUCAUGAUGAAGGUCAGCGACAUCUCCAACGAGGCGCGGCCGAUGGCCGUGGCCGAGCCGUGGCUGGACUGCCUGCUGCAGGAGUUCUUCAACCAGAGCGACACGGAGAAGCUCAAGGGGCUCCCCGUGGCGUCCUUCAUGGACCGAGACAAAGUGUCCAAACCGUCGUCUCAGACCGGAUUCAUCCGGUUCGUCCUCCUGCCGCUGUUCACAGAGAUCACCAAGCUGUUCCCCUGCCUGGAGGAACACAUCCUGGAGCCGGUGAGACGAGCUCUGGACUUCUACUCCGACCUGGAGAGAGCCAGCAAGCAGGAGGAGGAGGAGGGGAGGAGCUCAUCAGCAGGAGCAGCAGGAGCAGCACUCCUCUAGCUGGAGGACUCUGAUGUUUUAGAACUAGAAGUUUGUAUCUAUAUUUUCAUCUUUUACACAUGUAUCUUCCUGGUAGUUUGAGACUUUAAAGUCAUUUAUAUUUUAAUGAUCUGAAGGUAGAGUCACAUGUCACCUUUCAGUGUGUUUUAAACAUUUAGUACUUCCUGUUAAUACUUUGUAUUUUUUACCUGACGGCCUUUUGAUGGUCGACUGAAUAAAAAGCUUCACGAUGAAAAACACGUGAAAAAGAAGAAUUAUUUUUCAACAUAGUUUAUUUUAUCACUUCAUUUACAAAUAAAAAAACGAGACAAAAAAAGUGCAAAUGUGUUUUUUCUUUUAGAGCAUCCGAUAAAUAUGAAGGGUUAAAAGUAAAGAAUAAAGUUAGUGUUUUUAAGAUGAAACAUUCUCUUGGCAUUUAGACAUGGAGUGUUUUAAAUCUUAGUUUCCAGAUAUGAAUGAGGACGCGGCGUCAAGGAAACCAGGAUUCUGUUUCAGAGGAUUCCAAAACCUGAAAUAUUACAUUUAUAACUUGUUAUUUAUUAGUCUUCCUUCAUCGUUUCCUCAAGGAAGGAAAACUUUCAGCAGAGAACCUAUCCUAUAGAAUAUAUAUAUAAAUACACAAUAUAAUUUAUAUAAUGUAUAAAUAUAUAAUACACACAUUAUAAAUAUAAAUUAUGUAUAUUUGAUAUAAUACAUAUUAUAUCAAAUAUACAUAAUU